GCCAUUAGCGUGCCGUAUGAGUAAUGGCUUUGUGAUUAUCUACCAACCAGUCGCGUAUAGAGAGUGAAGGGCUAUCUUCUGCGGUGGAGAAGUUGGCUGCGGGAAGAGAGAGCGAUGCGAAGCGGGCGGAGGGGAGAAGCGGGGGCAGGGAAAUGGAGGGGGCCGUCCCGGAGUCACAGUCCGUCGAUACGCGAGGCCAGCGCUCGGCUGCCAGCCAACGCAACGUUCGUUACGAGAGGCAGCGAGCGAAUAACAACGGCGAACGGCCCUGCGCGCUCGAGCUGGUCAACACCAGCAAGCUCCGUCAAGCUUCGGCGUUUCCACUUUCCAUUACAUUUCCGACAACCUCAAAAAAGACCCUUCUGCAAAUGUAUUACAUUUUUUAA